AUGAACAAGUCAACAAAAAAUUAGAAUAUCCCUGCUGGCUACACUUUAGAUUAAUAUAAGUACAAAAUUUAUUAAAUAGAUAACAUUACCAAGAAUUACUAAAAUAUUCUAAUAUUAUAGAUAAUAAAAGCAAAUAUUUGAUAUGCGAAAAAGUGGAAUUAAUUUGUGAAUUUUCGAUUUGGGGAGAUUAAAAUAAUUCUGAUUUUUUUGAGUAGGUUAUUUAGUAAAUUUAGUUAUUUUUUCGAAGAAAACAUAGCAGAUAAGCUCUUAAAGAUUAUGUAAAGAUCAAGUUUCAAAGAAAUAAUUAUUGGCAUAAUUUAAAGUUUUGGAAUUCUAUUGUAUUAAUAAUUAUUAUUAAUUAGAGGAAAUCUAACAAAUAAGGAAAAUGUAAACUAUCUUUUAUCUCACCCUGUAAUUCAAGAUUUAAUAAUGUAUAAUUAUGAUUUCACUGAUGAAGAGAUAGUGGAUUAUUAUAUUUCAUUAUUGAAAAGCUUAGCAUUAAGAAUUGAUGAAGGUAAUGUACAAUUAUUUUUCAAUUAAAGAAUGAGUUUGUUUCCAUUAUUAUGGUAAGCAACAAAAUUUUAUAAUCACAAAGAGAUAAUGGUAAGAACAGCUGUAAGGACAAUAAUAUUGGGUAUAAUGAAAAGUAAACCUUUUUCUAAUUGAUUUAGUAAAAAAUCCAAUGUUAAAAAAAUACUUGACAAGAUUUCCAUUUAUUUUAUUUUUUGUACAUUUUUCAUGCUAUUUAAAACACGUAUGGCUUGAAGCUAACAAGGAAAUCUUAGAAGGAAAUGUUGAUGUUAAAGAAAAAAUGGAUGAUUUAGUUGAUGUAUUUUAUUUUUUGAACGACAUAUAUGCAUUUUGUCCAGAAAUUUCUAAUGUAUAUUAAUUGAUUUUAAUUUUAAGAUUUUAGAUAAUUCAUUAUUAACUUAUACUGUUAUUCCUGCAAUGCUUGGAGGUAUUUUAUUCUAAAAAAAAGAAACACUAUCUAUUUCAUUUACAUUACAUCUCACAAAUCAUUUAAUAAAUAAUUUUAACACUACUAAUUUAUCAAAAAAUAUUAUUCUACUAAUGUUUAGUCCAUCUUUACAAACAAAUUUAUCUCAUUUAUUAGAAUUUAAUAUAGGCCAACCUAGAUCUUAUUUAUAAACUUGGAGUUUUAGAAAUUUUUGGGAUUAACAUUAAGAUGUACUAAUUAGUUAAGCAAAUGAACUAUUUGAUAUACAUUCUUAUGCACUUAAAGAAGAGGCUUGUGAUAAAGAAAUAGAAACAUUAAAUAGAGCUUUAGGUAUAACAGAAAAUUAUAAUAUUUUAUUCUAUUGUAAAUAAUUACUAUUAAAUAAUGGAUUAGAAGAAAUGUCUCCAAAUAAAAUUAGAAAUAACCUAAUGAUUUACUUACAAACUAAAGAUGACAAUCUCCUUUAUUUAUUAUUAAAUUUAAUGAAGUCAGUUUUAAAUUUUAAGGAAAAGGAGAUUUUAAAGAUUUGCUUCUUUUAAUAAGCAGACACUAGUAUUAUAAUCAAAGAGAGAAAUCAUAUAAUAUAAUAAUUAUUAGAUAUAUUUUUAAUCGAUCCAUCAUUAAGAUUAUGCACUAUAAUUUUAGCAUGCUAAAUAAUUAUUUAUUUUAUAAAUUUAGAUAAGCUAAUUUUAGAAAGUGAGACAAUCAAUAAAAUAUAUGAAGCCUAUAAUUACACUUUAGUAAAAAUGGGUCAAAUGAUUAAACAAAAUCAGUAUCAUGAUGUCAUUGUAUCUUAAUAUGAAAUAGUUUAUAACAAAUACAAGUUUAAUUUUAUUUUUUAAAUUUUUAGUUCAAAUCUAAAGCUUUUAAAACCUAACUUAGAUUAUUUAGCAUUUUCACCAAUAAUUGAUAAACAUGAUGCUAAUAUAGAUUUGAUGUUUAGAAAACCUGUUGGAUUAAAAGAGAUUGCAAUUAAAGACUUAGCAAUAUUUUUUAUGAUUGAUCUUGUUUUGUAAAUAAUAAUUCGAAUACUUAGUUUUUCAAUAAUUAAUCAAGAGCAACUAAAUAAAAACGGAAAUUCAUAAAAUCAAUAAAAAGAAAAUAUAACUAAUUAAUGGAUUAUUGGGCACAACUAUGAACCUCCGAAUAAUUGCUAAUUAUUAUCUUGUAGAAUAUCAGCUAAAACAAUUAAAGAUAAACUUUAAGCUUGCACCUCAGGGGAAUGGUAAAAAAAAAAACUUAAUUAGUUUUUGGAUGGAAGAUGAAGAAAAUUUUAUAAUAUUAGAGACUUAAAUAGUAAAAAAAGAAUGGGCUCAUAUAAUUUAUCAUGCUAAAAUUAAAGAUGUUGAAGUGAUGAUCGAUAGAGGUGAACCUAGAAAAUUAAAUGUCAAUAUCAAAAUUUCUUCGAACAAUUCAAUUAAGGUGUUUAUUUUUUACAUUAUAGGAAUAAUAUUAAGAUGUUUAAUUAUUAUUUGAUGAUUGCUCUUAUGCUUAACAAACCAAAAAGCAUAUUGAUGAUACAAGAAAAUAAAAUUCGAAGAAAUCUUCUUAGAUUAUUGAAAAUAAGAUUGCCUAUGGAUAGCAAUUGUGUAAAGAUUACUUUAUAUUGCUCAAAUAGUAAGAGCUACAAUAAUGAUGGAU